GCGACUCAUUCAUUGUCUGUUAUCAAAGAACAAUAAAACGCACGUCUCAACCGGACACGUUACACACGUUUAUGCUCUUGUAUUAACACUAGUCCUCGUACUCCUCAACCAGAGGCUGGGCUGAUCACCGCGGACCGGCGCACAUCUGCAUCACCGGCGGAUCCCGCGUUCAGUCGUUCCCCGUCAGUCCGCUUCAGGCCACCGGCGACAGCAUGAGCCAGAGGUUCACGGUGACUGCCGGUGACAUCCAAGGCGAGGUGAACCAGCUGUUCGAGGGCGAUGAGGAGACGCCGAGCGCCUCUGACGCCGCUGCAGCGGAGGCAUCCGAGAAAGGAGAUGGUAACCCCAAGGAAAGCAGUCCAUUCAUCAACAGCACCGACCCAGAGAAGAACCAGCAAUAUGACGGCAAGAACAUGGCUCUGUUUGAGGAGGAGAUGGACACAAUUCCCAUGGUAUCGUCUCUUCUCAGCAGUCUCGCCAACUACUCAAAUCUGCCCCAGGGCAGCAAAGAACACGAGGAGGCGGAAAACAACGAAGGCUCGCGCAAGAAACCUGUCCAGGCUCCGCGGAUGGGAACGCUGAUGGGUGUCUACCUGCCCUGCCUGCAGAACAUCCUGGGUGUGAUUCUGUUUCUCAGGAUGACCUGGAUGGUGGGCAUCGGCGGCGUCAUCGAGGCCUUCAUCAUCGUGCUCAUGUGCUGCUCCACGACGAUGCUCACUGCCAUCUCCAUGAGUGCCAUCGCCACAAACGGCGUCGUGCCAGCUGGAGGCUCCUAUUACAUGAUCUCUCGCUCUCUGGGCCCUGAGUUCGGUGGAGCUGUAGGCAUCUGCUUCUACUUGGGCACCACCUUCGCUGGAGCCAUGUACAUCCUGGGCUGCAUCGAGAUCCUGCUGGUGUACAUUGUACCUCAAGCAGCUAUUUUUAAGAUGGAGGGUCUGGAGGGAGCCGAGGCCGAAUCCGCCAUGCUGAACAACAUGCGUGUUUACGGCACGCUGGUGCUCAGCUUCAUGGCCAUUGUGGUGUUUGUAGGAGUGAAGUACGUGAACAAGCUGGCGCUUGUCUUCCUCGCCUGCGUCAUCUGUUCGAUCCUCGCCGUCUACGCCGGAGUGAUCAAAACCGCCUUCGAGCCUCCGGUCUUCCCAGUGUGUGUGCUGGGAAACCGGACUCUGGUUUGGAAAGGCUUCGAUGUGUGCGCGAAGGUCAUCGAGAGAGAAAACGCCACGGUCACCACCAAACUCUGGCGGCUCUUCUGCGACUCCGAGUUCCUGAACGCCACCUGUGACAACUAUUUCACCAACAACAACAUCACAGAAAUACAGGGAAUCCCCGGAGUAAUGAGUGGCAUUCUGCGCGAGAAUCUCUUUGGGAAUUAUAUGGAUAAGGGUUCUUUUAUUGAGAAAGUGGGAUUAUCCGCAGCAGUUGAACCCGAUUCCAUACCGACCAACACCAACCGCUACGUGCUUGCAGACAUCACCUCCUUCUUUACCAUGCUGGUGGGCAUCUACUUUCCCUCCGUGACAGGUAUCAUGGCUGGAUCAAACCGAUCUGGUGAUUUGCAGGAUGCCCAGAAGUCCAUUCCCAUCGGCACCAUCCUGGCCAUCACCACCACCUCCAUCAUCUACAUGUCCAGCGUGAUUCUGUUUGGCGCCUGCAUCGAGGGAACGGUGCUGAGGGAUAAGUUUGGUGAGGCGGUCAGGGGGAAUCUGGUGAUCGGGACACUGGCGUGGCCGUCGCCCUGGGUCAUCGUCUUCGGUUCCUUCUUCUCCACCUGUGGUGCAGGGCUUCAGAGCUUGACGGGCGCUCCGCGUCUCAUGCAGGCCAUCGCUCGAGAUGGCAUCGUGCCGUUCCUCAGGGUGUUUGGUCAUGGAAAAGCAAACGGGGAGCCCACCUGGGCGUUGCUCCUGACCGCGUGUAUCUGUGAGAUUGGAAUUCUCAUCGCUUCUCUGGAUAACGUCGCUCCGAUUCUCUCCAUGUUUUUCCUCAUGUGCUACAUGUUUGUGAAUCUGGCCUGUGCUGUUCAGACUCUGCUCAGAACUCCCAACUGGAGACCGCGAUUCAAGUUCUACCACUGGACUCUAUCCUUCCUUGGCAUGAGCCUUUGUCUCUCGCUCAUGUUCAUCUGUUCUUGGUACUACGCCAUCUUUGCCAUGGGAAUCGCCAGCUGUAUCUACAAGUAUAUCGAGUUCCGAGGGGCAGAAAAGGAAUGGGGUGAUGGAAUAAGAGGUCUGUCUCUCAGCGCGGCCCGCUUCGCCCUCAUGAGGUUGGAAGAGGGACCACCGCACACCAAGAACUGGAGACCCCAGAUAUUAGUCCUGGUUAACAUGGAUUCUGAGCUGAACGUGGAGCAGCCGCGUUUGCUGUCUCUGACCAGUCAGCUGAAGGCUGGGAAGGGUCUGACCAUCGUGGGCACAGCGCUGGAGGGAACCUACCUGGAAAACCAUCCUCAAGGACAGCAGGCCGAACAGUCUCUGAAGAAGCUCAUGGAGGCGGAGAAGGUGAAGGGUUUCUGUCAGGUGGUCAUUUCUUCUAACAUGAGGGACGCCACGUCACAUUUGGUCCAAGCCGGAGGGUUGGGAGGUCUUCAACACAACACUGUUCUGGCCUGCUGGCCGCGCAACUGGAAACAGGCCGAGGAUCAUCAGAGCUGGAGAAACUUCAUUGAGCUGGUAAGAGAAACCACCGCUGCCAGUAAAGCCCUGCUGGUGCCCAAGAACGUCUCGGCCUUCCCGUCAAACGGAGAGCGUUUCACGGUGGGUCACAUUGACGUGUGGUGGAUCGUUCAUGAUGGAGGCAUGCUGAUGCUGCUGCCCUUCCUCCUCCGCCAGCACAAGGUUUGGAGGAAGUGCAAGAUGCGCAUCUUCACUGUGGCCCAGAUGGACGAUAACAGCAUCCAGAUGAAGAAGGAUCUGACAACCUUUCUGUAUCACCUGCGCAUAGACGCCGCGGUGGAGGUGGUGGAGAUGCAUGACAGUGAUAUCUCAGCGUACACAUAUGAGAAGACCCUGGUGAUGGAGCAGAGAUCUCAGAUCCUGAAGCAGAUCAACCUCACCAAGACUGAGCGUGAACGUGAGAUCCAGAGCAUCACUGACAGCUCUCGCGGGUCGAUCCGCCGUAAGAACCCGGCCGCCGUCACGACCCAGCUGAGUGUGACAGAGGAACCGGCGGCCAGCAGCAAAGAGGAGAAACCAGAAGAGGAGUCUGUCCCUGUGUCCCCAUCCCAACAGGAACAGCUCAUUCAUGACAAGAGUACCAACCCACCGACCCCAGCCACACCGCAGUCCCCCAGCGCAGACGCCGAGACCCCCGGCACAGCUGUUCAGAUGACAUGGACCGAAGCGAAGUGUGAUGGAGAGCAGGCCAAACCUGUAGGAGCUACGACACCAGAGGCCAUCAAAGACCUCUUCAACAUGAAACCAGAGUGGGAAAAUCUAAACCAGUCCAACGUGAGGCGCAUGCACACUGCACUCAGACUCAACGAAGUCAUUGUUAAGAAAUCCCAGGAGGCCAAACUAGUCCUGCUCAACAUGCCCGGACCGCCCAAAAACAGGAGCGGCGACGAGAACUACAUGGAAUUCAUGGAGGUUUUAACCGAAGGUCUCAACCGGGUCCUCCUCGUGCGUGGUGGAGGUCGUGAGGUCAUCACCAUCUACUCUUAAGAAACUAGUCGACGUUAUCCCACCCCAUUUGCCCUCCUUCCCCAGUGUGGUCCAAGCAAUAUCCCAGAAUUCCCUUCAAUCAACCAGCUUCAUUCAUCCAGCAGAAAAUGCCGUUCUACUGGUUUGCCAAGCUCUCACUGGCCAAACAUCGCUCUUGGCGUUACUCUCGUUCAUGAUGGACGUGAUCCACACUUUAUUGUUCAAUGAAGUGCACUGUUGAUGUCAGUGGGUAUUUGUUCAAUGCCCCGUCUGCUGUAGCUUUCCUACAUCAUCUGUCAAUCACCGCUCUCAGCCAAUCAGGAGAAGCGGGUGGGUUGGGCUUGAUUUGUUUUUAUUUAUUUGUUUUGAGGAAGAGGAUCCAGAGAAGAAUGUGCAAAGUCAAGGAAUCUGAGUUCAAAACUGCACCAGAGAUGCUGUGAAAUACUUCUGCUCUGGUAAAGACUGACAACCUUGGGAAAAGAUUUUCAUGGUUUGAACUCUGUGGGUUUUGGUCUGCAGAUUGGUCAAAUGUGAAUUAAUAAUGAGUUAAUACUAUAAUGUGAACUGUCAAAUGUGAAGUUUAAAGUCAAUGUGAAAUGAAACUUAGACCUAUUUACUUUCUUUAACGAUGUUAUUCCGAAGAAAAAAGUUUGUUUUUAUAAUCAAAAUAUAAAAAUAGCUCCUGAAAACCUCAUUUUUCAACACCCAAUCAAAUCACGUGUGCAUUUUUUGCUUAUCUUCCUGAAUGCUUGCAUUACGGAAGCAAAAUUGUUUGCAAACAGCAUUUCACGUUGACUUUAAGCGGGUUCCUCUGCACAAAGAUCUGUUGUUGUGUGUUUGUUUUGUCUCAUCAACCUCCUCCAUGUUUUUAUUCGUUCCUAGCUAUCCCCCUGCCAAAUACAGUCACAAUAUGUGCCAAAAAACAAGGCUGGCAGGGUGUGCGACUUGCUGUUUGACAGCAAAGCAGCGAGUGAGAGUCUAUCGGUGCAACCGACACUGUAAUUAGCGAAAGAACAUGUUUGGAGAAAAAAGAAAAAAGAAAGUACUCAGCCACUCCGGAGUAGUGUAAAUAGUGUAUAAGGCAUUAUUAAAUAUCAGUGUUAGUAUUUUUAUUGUGAAAUAACCGAAGAUUCUGGUGAAGAAACGCUGUUGUCUUACAGGGUCAGGCUGUUUUGGGUGGCUACAGGCUUCACUAUGGCGGCUUGAAGUGUACUACGGUACCAAACCUCCCCUCCCCAACAAGCACUCAACCUGCACUGACAGCCACUGUGUAACAAAUGAUUUAAUGAGUCUGUGGAUUCAUUAAAUGAAUGUGUGUGUGUGUGUGUGUGUGUGUGUGUGUGUUUGCAUGAGUGAAUGAGCGAGUUGCAUCCUCGUGCAAAUGGAAGUUGCCCAUUUCUUUCUUUUUUCCCAUUUUGCUAUAAAGAAAACCUCUGUUUGUUGCAUUUACAGACAAAUCUGUAUGAAUUAGCUAUAUCAUAGACAAAAUCUAUAUUAUAUUACACCAGAAAUGUCACAGAGCUAUAUAUAGAGUAUUAUGGUAUCUGAUUGUAUUGCCAAACUUCGAUUUCACUCGUGCCAUGUGAAAGAAAAUGUGAAUUGUCAAUAGAAACUAAUAUUGAUAACAAUGUCACUUUAAACACAAAUGCUGCACUCACCUCAGAGUUUCUGACUUUGAAACUUGAUUUCUUUAACUUCAUAUCAAAGUUGGAAACUCUGAAUUAUUUAAUUGCUUGACUUUACAUAAAAGCAUCCGAAAUCGCAGCGGCUUCAGCAGUUUAAGCUACAGUUCAACUUGCACGCUUUCUUUGAGAUGUGAUUUUGUGUUACUGUGCUGUUGCAAGAAGUGAAUUUGUGUGAUUUAAAAAAAAAAAAAAAAAGUAGAUUGCUGUCAUUAUCAACAAAGUCGCAUAUGGAUCCAUUUUGGGCGUCACUAUAGUUACUAAUCAUUUCUGGGUCCAUAAACAGCUCAGAAUUGACUCGGGUUUGUAGUUUGGUAAUUACGGUAAUUCUGACGUGUCGUGAAUGCAGCAUUAGAUUGAGUUGUUAUAAAGAAUUAUGGAAAUCUGAACUCUAUGCAGCAAGACUGUAAUGCAUAAGCCAAAUCACAAAAUUAGAUUUCAGAUGCAAAAUUAACCCAAGAUUGUUUGCAAAAUUAUGUUUUGAUCAUAGAAAAGUAGAUCAGAAAGUGUAUUUUUGAGAGCAUAAUGAAGGCUAUGUGAAAUUGGAAAAUCAUAAAUUCAUUGCAUUAUUUAUUUUUCUAGAGAUAUAGGCUAUUUUAUACAGUCUUUAUUUUAGCAGAAAUACCAACAACUGCAUAUAUACAUACAUAUAUAUAUAUAUAUAUAUAUAAAUGCAAAUAUAUAGAUAAAUAUAUAUAACCUCAAUCUCACUGGUAAGAAAGUAUAUACAGUAGUUUAUGAAGAUAUUACAGAUUAUUUUAUGUUUAAACAUGGGAAAACCUCUCAUAAGAUGAAUGCUGCUGCUAGUGUAUGAAUAGAUAUGGAUUGUGCGUGUACAUAAAGCGAAAGAUUAAAUAUUUAAAGGUAUAUUUACGAGGGGAGGGGCUGACGCUAAGAUCGCAUAACAGUUCUGGUGUUUGCAUCGAAAACGACUUCAGCCUUAUGUAAUCAGCUUUAUCAUGUUUCAUUUAGUUUAUUUUCUGUUAAAAGUGAUAACUUAAAGUGAUGACAACGUUCACUGAAUCUGAACAAAACGCAAAACGUGCGUCGAAACGCGACGUAUUUUUUAACAUAAUACUGCCUGCGUAGACUGAGCCUCUGAUGACGUUUCGACAAUUUGUUCACUCAACGAUGUUUUUAACAAACCACUUACGAUACGCUUCGUUUGCAUGGUGUGUGUUGGAAAAAUUUGAUUUUCGUAAUGUGAAAAGAGCGGUUCCUGGAAAAAUGUCAAGGCAGCUUUUUCAGAUUGUUGUCGCGACUCAACGGCAAAAUGUUCUUACGUGUAAACUUAGAUUAGCGGGAUACUGUGUGUUGUUGUUUUGGGUUUUGUACAUAAUAUCGCUCUCGAGACACUGUAGCUACAGGGUCGUUGUUCCCUGAUGUGUUUGUUAGGAUGCUUUUAGUACACACUGAAAAAACUGAACUUUUUUGUUUUCAACGGUAACGUGCAAUAUUGAUUUCCACUGGAAACGGUACGUAUGGUGUAUUUUUUAGUUGCUAGUUCGCACACGAGUCUGCUUCUCGUAGAGUUCAUCGGCGCGCUUCGUAUGCUAGAGUGUGCGUCACAUCUGUUCUAUGGUGGCUGAGAUAGAAAUGCACUUUAUACGAGUUAACGUUAUUUACGUCCAUGGUGACAGUGACGAUUGAGUUGCCAGAAUCAUGAGCAUGCCAGAUCCAUUUCAGCGCUGAUGCCUCUAGCGGCGAGAGUGUGUACUGCAUCGGCCAAGUUAUUGUAGACCGGACAGAGUUUUGUUCGCUGCGGUAACAUAAUACCCGAAGAUUGAUUUUGUUAUGCUGUAAAACAAAACAAAAAAUGUGUGUUUGCUGUUUAUUUGGCAUGAAUUUCUAGCAUUUCUUGUAAUUAAUGACGAAAAGAGUAUACGUAGAUGUAAAAAAAGAAAAAGAAAAAGAAGAUAUAUUUCUAAUACGAAUCACUGAGUUGAUGUAGUAACAUCUCCAUUCCUCCCACUUUUCACUCCCUACAUCAUUCCGAACCUGCAAGCACUGUUUCGAUGUGAUCACCGUAUAAAAAGACUAUAAACAAGCGCUUCCACUGCUGGGCUUGGCUCUAUUCAAACUGACAGUGGACACAUUCACAAUCCUUUCCUUUCUUCAAUAUCUCACGAUGAAUACCUGGCUUGUGUGUAGCAAAAAAGAAAAUGUGUAUUCCUUCGCCAAGGAAUAUCGAGGCGUUCAACACAUCUCGGAAACAAAAAAGGGCUCUGAAUAACAGUCUGUACUUGGUUCUGACCCACGCCAUUGGAUGUUCUCCAAAAAAAAAAUAAAAAAUGUGAAUCUCACUUCAUUUUAUUAAUCCUACACUCUCAGAAAUCGAAGGUUGCUUGCUGCAUUUUAGGUUAUCGCUGUAUUAAAAAGUUCUUGAUGUUUUCUACAGGUUCUUCAGAUCAGAUCGGUUUUGGUUUCUAGGUUUUACUAAGCACCAGAAUAUAGCUUAAAAAGGGAUUAGACUGUCAAACCUUUAUUUUUGAGAGUUUACUCCCAUGACAUUUACCUCUGAGGUCACCUUUUCUUAACAUUCCAGUAUAACUUCGGAUAAAAAAAAAAAAACAGUACAGCUCUUCAUGCAUGUGAACAAUGAACAUGUGAAGCUCUGUCAAAGUCCAAAUGUUGAAAUCUGAAUCAAAUCCAUCUGAAGCAGUUGAAAUAGAGCCAGGACCUGGGUCCGUUGUCCUGUUCAACGCAUGCACAUUAUCCUGACCAAGCUGAUAUAUAAAUAUAUAUAAAUAUUUAAAUGUUUUGUGAUAUACAGUAUUACGUUCACGCCAGUUUAUUUCAGUUAUUUAAUUGUAAAUGUGUUAUUUUUACCAGAUGUUUGGUGUUCUUGUUGUGCACAACGGUUUCUUUGGAUCAACUAUCUUAGUGUGAAUGGAUAUUGAUUGGUUAAAGGGGUCUAUUUUUACUAUAGGUAGUUUAUAGCCAAGACGAAGACCAUUUUGAGUUAAUAUAUUUAAAGAACUGAUUACCAAAGUUAUUUAUGUUAACCUGGGUAUGUGUUUAGUCUAUUUCAAACUGUCAUUCUGAAUGAAUUAAAAAGAAACUUGAGGGUUUGUUUUGUUUAGCAGUAAAAUCAUUAUUUACACAUGCCUUAAAUACACAAAUUGGCAGCUAUAUGUUAACAAAAAAAAAGAAAAUGCAAAAAAAAAUUUAUUUUAUUUUGAUAUUUAAUCAAUAUUAUAUUUAAUAUAUAUAUUUAAAAACAAUCUAGUUUUUAAUUCUAGGGCCAAUUUCAAACACUCAAAUUAAGCUGAAAGGACUAAAGAUAUUAAAUAGAAUAUCUAUAAAAAACAUUGAGUUGUUCCCUACUAAUUUGAUUGGAAAAGCAGAUUGCAUGGCUUACUACUUUAUUACAGCACAACUGCGAGUUGGAUAUUGCUGAAGUAAACAAUCCGAGACGAUUAUAAGAAAAAUGUACAAACAAAAUCCCACUUUGUCUUGGCUUUGCUUCUCUGAAAGGCAAAAAAUGUGAUUUAUUGAAUAGCUCGCUUUAGGCAAUUCACUGAUUUCACGGUUUGCAAAUGAUAGUGCAGUUAAUUCUAGAUCAGAACAUUAGUUUUACAUGGAAAAUGACUGAAUCCCUCAGGCUUGUUUUUGAUUCAUUUGAAAUGAAAACAUUUUGUAUGAACAUUUGAAAGGGAAUGUAGUGGAGAAAAAGCGAUUUUACUUCUUUCUUUUUUUUUCUUUGUGCGUUUCAGGGUUUUAUGGUCAUAUUGCCAUGUAGUGUGUUCCUGUGUGUUUUUCAGUUGUGUGUGUGUGGAUGCGUGCGUGUGUGUGUGUGUGUGUGUGUGCAGUGACAUACACACAGCAGAUCUGGGACCACAGGCAAGGGUGGAGGUGGGUCCUGUAAAUAUAGCAGACCUAGUUAAUGUUGAGGUGUUUAUUUUUUGUGUCAGUGUAAGUUGAAUAUUUUAAAAAGAUAAAUAAUGAGUAUUAUCUAUUGUGUUUCAUGGUACAUAAAGAAAAUAAUGUAGUUUUAUCUUACAUUUCAAAUGCUUUAUCUCUAUGGCUUCUGCAAAACUCCCAUUCCAUUUUAUAGAUUUGUCAGCACAAAAUGCAAUAAACGAAUACCAUUUUAUUACG